AUGGGACAAAUUGAAAGUAAAAACCUCGAAUCCAUCAGUGAACAACAUGACCAAUUCGAGAAUCUUCAAAAACAUCGCAAACAUUCCAAGUUGUCAUCUUCAUCAUCUUCACAACAACAACAACAACCACUCUUAGGUUCAUCAUCAUCAUCAACCACUUCACCCUCUUCUCUUUUUCCUCCUCUAGCAACCACCACCACCACCACCACGACUCGUCCUCAUACAAAAAGUAAUCAUCAUCCUACCGAGAACGAUACCACUCGAGGUGGUGGUGGUCUCUUUUUGAGUCAUUCUGAAAGUUCUGAAGAAACGGCUGAACUUUUAUUACGAGGAGGAUCCUCUUCCCAUCAUCAACAACAAGCCAAUUCUACUCAAUUUCUCUCCUUGUUGGGACAUAAUAUUUUGAAUCAGGUGAAUCGAUGGGAAGAUUCUUCCGAUGAGGAGGAUGAAGCCUCCGAACCCAAAGUCCAAUCCUCUCCAUUAUAUUCAUCCUUGAAUCAAACAAAUGGAGGUGUUGAACCCAAAGUGAAAUUGGCGUUGUUUGGAACAGGAGGAAGUGGAAAAUCGUCACUCACCAAACUCUUAAAAUUGCAUUCUGUGAAUUAUGUCAUUUCGAACUAUGACAUUAGAAAUUGGAAAACUUUAUUGUUGAAGAACAUUGCUUCUUCGUAUUCGAUUUUAUUUGAAGUGAAACAAGCCUUGUUCCCUCACGUGAAAUUUAUUCAUCCAGAAAGUGAUAAAAUUGCAAAACGUGUGGAAAAGUGUGACGAAGAGAAAUCAUCCAUUCCUAUUGAACAAGAUGUUGAAAUGGUAAAAGCAGUUCUCAAAUUCUGGGAAACUGAACCACUUGCUCAGAUUUGUUUAUAUUUUACAAAUAUUGCAAACAAAUUCAUUCCAAAAUCAUCCAUGUCCAUUCCAGUACAUGUUGUACGCCACAUGAAUGUUGAAAGAUUGGCAAAUCUCUUGUCCUAUUAUGAAGAUAUUUUAGAUUAUGAUGCAAAUUCGGAUAAAUUGGCCAUUCGUGACACUGAACAUGUCUUUUCAGAACUCAUUCUCAGUUCUUACAUUAAAACAACAGGAAUAAUUGAGAUUUGGGUGAAGGCUGGAUCCGACACCAAUGAUUGCAUUGGAGUUUUCGAUACAGGUGGUCAAAGAAAUGAGAGAAAGAAGUGGAAACGACUGAUCAAUGGAUCUUCUCCACUUUCUGGAAUUCUCUACUUGGUACCUUUAUCAGAAUUUAAUCAAUUCUGUUAUGAAGAUGAUGUGACUAAUAGAACCACUGAGUCCUUGAAAUUAUUCUCAGAAUUUGCCAAUGACCCAAGUGUGAAAUCUUUACCCAUUCAUCUCAUUUUCACUAAACGAAAUAUCAUGGAUUUCAAAUUGAGAAUGUAUGACAUGAGAGAUGUUCCAUUCUCCAACAAGACUGAGUUCCCAGAAGAUUUGAAAUUACCAAUGAAACUCAAUCCAAACCAUUACGACCAUUUAGUGAAUUCUAUUUUGAAACUAGGACAAUCAGAUUUAGAAAAAUUAAGCAAACAAGAACAACAAUUACUAGAAUUAUUCAGUUCCAAUCCAUACUUCUCUCCUUCUGAACUUAUUGAAAUGUUAAAAACUGAAGAAAUUUCGAAUCAUUCACACGAUGAAGAACAUUCGAAAUUUGUUGAAAAGAACAUUGAAUUUAUAACUCAACAAUUUUUCAACGUUAUUCAAAAUCCUGAAAGAAAAGAACAAGUCAUGAGAGAUUUCAAAGUCAUUGACAUUUCACAAGUGGAUGAAACCAUGUCCACCAUGAGUCAAGUAUUCCACACUGUUCUUUCACAAUAA